UCAAACAGACCAGCAUCCUACAGAAGACGGUCUCUUAGUGUGGACUGGGCUGACUCUGCCAAGAUGACGCAGCCCAUAAGAGGGGAUCAGGUCCACCAGCCGGCUUCAGCUCGCAAGUCAGCUAGCCUGUCCUCGCCAAGCGCAGCUCGCCGACUGUACCGCAAUUUGUCUGGAAAGUUCCGCGUGGGCACCAAUCCCCCCUCACUGGAGGACAGUGUGGUGUCAGGACGAGGAGACAAGGAGAGGCUGCGUAAAACCUCCAUAUUCCAGAGUAAUGAAGCUUUGUUUGAGGCAGUGGAGCACCAAGAAUUGGACUUGGUCCAGCUGCUUCUGUCCCAGUACAGUCUUGAGGAGCUGGACCUCAACACUCCAAACAGUGAAGGCCUUCUGCCUCUUGAUAUUGCCAUCAUGACCAACAAUGUACCCAUGGCUAAGCUUCUACUGCGAGCUGGUGCCAAGGAAAGCCCCCACUUUGUGAGUUUAGAGGGCCGAGCUGUGCAUUUGGCUACCUUGGUGCAGGAGGCCGAGCAGCGAGUUUCAGAGCUCCAGGCCCAGUUGCGUAACGAGGGUCCCGGCGAACGGGAAGGAUCUGACCAGGAGCGGCAGCUGAAAGCUUGGGAGUGGAGGCUGCGGCUCUUCCGGCGCAUGCAGGCGGGGUUCGAGCAUGCUAACCCUCCAGAUGUUCCCACUGUAGUUCGCCUGUGUGUCAGCAGCAGCACAAGUUUACAGGUUGACUUUCAUGAACCUCUCUGUGUCAACUCUGCUGUGGUUACCAAGUAUAAAGUGAGUUGGAGCAGUGCACCUUUGUUCAGCCCUUUGCUGGGUGAAAUGAUAGUGGAUGACACCACACUCCUACAGUGCAACAUAACUGGACUAACUUCUGGGACCUAUUAUUACGUACAGGUGUCGGCGUACAACAUGAAGGGCUGGGGGCCUCCAAAAGUUUCCACCCCAGCUUGUGCUGCACCUUCCAGCUGGAGGGAUAUUGAUGGCAAUGCUCCUCGUCAGAAAGGCCAGAAGGAGGCACUUGACCAGCUACUCGCACAGAUAAAAGAAGCUCACCGUCACUGUACCUGCCAUGAGCAGUGCAAAGCUCCAACACAAGGCAGGAAGCACUCGGUAUCCAAAAGUCUCCGACAUCUCUUCCAACCUACCAGCAAAUUUGUCAAAAGCUUGAAAAGAGGUCUCUAUUUGACAUCCAUAUUCUACAGAGAUGAUAGCAUGCUGGUGACUCCAGAAGAUCAGAUUCCAAUUGUAGAGGUUGAAGAUUCCUACUCCAGCACACUGAUGCAGGACUUUCUCUGGUUCAGUAAGGUUUCUUACCUGUGGGACGAGAUCUCUUGGCUUCAGCAGUGUCUCAGUCCAUCCCAGUCAUCUUGCUCCUGUACUCUGCAAACUCGCAUCAAGAUGCUACAGGCUGUCUCUCAGCUACAGGGAAUGCUGGGAACCCAGGACAUUGGACAGGUGUAUUUUGAACCUAUCAAAGACAAGCAUGGCAAUGCCCUGCUGGUGCUCCUGAGGGACAUGAGUACCUGUCCCAACCUAGAUGGGGUACGCUGGAUGCAGCUUUGUAAACUCCAACUUCAACGCAAGUCUAUUUCAUCCCCUGAGGAGCCCACUGCCUUGGACAUGCUCCUCAUUACCCUUCAUGAGAAGCUGGCAUAUCACAGGCGGAGCAGGAAGCUUUUGCCUCCAGGCUUAUACCUGGGCUAUCUAAAGUUAUGCACAUCAGUGGAGCAGAUAAGGGUGCUGGUACCCCAGAAACUCCCCAAUGUUCUCUGUCACACCAAAAUUCGAGACAACAGUAACGUGUCCAGAGAGGAGUGGCAGUGGCUGCAGGCUCUCACCUCACUGGAGGAGUCAUUGGAAAUGGACCUUGAUGUACAAAGCGCGCCCCAUCGCCUCUUACAAGAUCUUCGCAGUGCCAUCAAGGACCUGAUGGCUCACAUCAAUGUCCCAGGCAAUCAAGCACAGGAUUUCCGAAUCUACACCCAGGAAGUGUUAGAGUUUGGGGAUAAAGUGUCCUUCCUGCUCCUCCUGCCACCUUCAGAUGAAGUGUGCACGGCUCCUGGUCAGAAUAAUCCAUACUCACCCCGCUCCGGCUUCCUCACCCUGCCUCUGCAGAUCUUUGAACUGGUCCACUUUAAUGCAUAUUACCCCAGUUUCAUCGGCCAGUACUGUAGAGUUUCGGCUUUGCUGGAGCUGGAGUCCCUCAUGUCACAGCAGGCACUACGAGAGGCCUUCUCUGAAGCCGAGCUUCUUACUGCUAAGAAGAAACACCAGCAGGUCCAGGAGCACAUGCAGCAAAUGGAGGAGGUGUGGCGGGAUACAAGGUGGAUUAUGGAUGCCUUGCAGUAUGCUCGCUACAAACAGCCAUCAGGAGGCAUCUCCAUUAGCUGGAUAAUUGAUUUCUCUAAGGAGGUGAUUCCAGACAAGCCUCACUCCACCUCCUCUCAGACAGACUUCAUGCCUUCUCCGCUGCCUUCACCCGAGCCCUGCCGCAAACACUCAGACUUUCCUGGCUUAUCAGAUGAAGAGGGUUCCUCUGAAGUCUUCCUCACCACCGAUAGUGACUAUGACUCCAGUCGUGCUCAAAGUCCCCGUGAGCUGGACUUGUUACCUCAGUCUCCUCUAUCCUCCUCUGCACCUUUGGAACCCCGUGAGUUUCUGCGUAGUGAUGGGAGUGGCUCAGGAGGAGGUGCAUGCCCGAGUGGAGGGGGACGUGGAGUGGGAACUCUAAGAGACUCCACACCGGACGUCCUUCAGGCCUCUGAGCCACCGCCGGGCAGGGAAAGCGAGAGAGGCGGGGGAGUUCGGUGUGGAGGGGAGCGACGUAGGGGCCCCCCAGAGCUGUUUGACAGUGACUUCAUCCUGCCCAGCAGGCAAAUCGAGCUGCUGCACAUUACAGAGAAGAGACAGGCCUUCUGCGUAAGAACCAGCAGUCUGGAAUUCCCCUCUUCCACAUCCGUCCACCAUCAGCCUUACUCCUAUCACGCUACGUACUUCUCUCCCUCAACUUCACCGCAGAAACGAUGGCACAGGCCAUCAUCUGUGGAACGCUGUUGUCCUGGAGAGCGCUGCUUACCACAACGUCCACCCGCACGUACGUUAUCAGAGGACAGUGGCACAGAGAGACUCAACACACCAUCCACUGCUGUGUUCAGGAGGAGUUGUCACGCUACACUCAAAGUGUAUCCACAGUAUCACACCGGCCUGCCAAAGGAGACCAGUGUUAAGCUUUGUGCAACUCCAGGCACAACAGCAAGAGAGAUGAUUCAGCUGGUGGUCCAGGAGAUGAACGUUGUGUCUCGGCGCCUGCUGGGCAGCACUGGAGGUGGUGAUGAACAGGAACAGUGUGUUUACUAUAGUCCUGAACAGUUGAAGCACUUUGGUCUUGUGCUGGUUGUGGACAACAGAGAAAAAUGGCUUCAGGAUGACUUCUGUCCUCUGGAGCUUCAGAACCCCUGGCUGAGGGGCAAACUGUGUGUUCGCAUUAAGGAGUAUUCACCAUUAGCACUCAAACACAGCCGGGCCACCACAGUGUGA